AUGGCAGAGCGUCCUGGUCCUUACCCGUUUCCGUCGUCUCUCCACGUCGCUAGCUCAGUCACAAUAAAACUGAGUGAUAGCAACUAUCUUCUCUGGAAAACCCAGUUUGAAUCUCUCCUUCGUUGUCAAAGACUUCUUGGUUUUGUCGAUGGGUUUGUCGCAAAACCUCCGGCGAUUACAGUCACUAACGCCGUCGAAGCUCCAAAUCCGGAGUAUGAAGCUCGGAUCUAUACAGACGAGCUCAUAAAGUCAUGGAUAUUUGGUACUCUUUCUGAAGAAGUGUUGGGGCUAGUUCAUGCCCUGCCCACAUCUCAAGAUGUCUGGUUGUCUCUUGCCGGAAACUUCAACAAAAGCUCCGUUGCUCUCGAAUUCGACCUGCAACGCCGGUUGCAGCUCCUAAACAUCAAAGGUAAAAACUUUACCACCUAUUGCCGUGAGUUUGGGGCUGUGUGUGACAGUUUAAGCUCCAUUGGCAAACCAGUCGAUGAGAACAUGAAGAUUUUUACUUUUCUUAAUGGGCUAAGCCGCGAGUAUGACCCCAUAGCCACAGUUCUUCAAAGUUCAAUGUCUCGCACUCCAUCUCCAACGUUCAAUGAUGUCGUCUUGGAAAUCUCUGGUUUUGAUUCGAAGCUGCAGUCUUAUGAGACUCCACCUGAGGUAUCACCACACAUUGCUUUUCAAACUCAGAGAGGUGGUUGUCAUGGUCCUGGACAGAGAGGUCGUGGAGGCCAUCAUGUACGAGGAGGCUAUUCCACCCGUGGUCGAGGAUUCUCCCAACAAGUUAACUCCUCUGGUUGGAAUCAAAAUCAGUCUGGUAAUUCUGCUAACCCUCGUCCUGUAUGUCAAAUAUGUGGUCGCACUGGUCAUGUGGCUCUUAAGUGUUGGAAUCGGUUUGAUGCGUCAUACCAAAGUGAUGAUGUUCCCCAAGCUCUUGCCACAUUACAAGUCUCCGACAGCAGUGGUCGUGAAUGGCUGACUGACUCUGGAGCUACUGCUCACAUCACUCCAACGACGGAUUCUCUCCAAUCUGUGACACCAUACAAUGGGGCUGAGAAUGUGAUUGUUGCUGAUGGCACACAUCAACCUAUUACUCAUGUUGGAUCCACUACUCUUGCCACAACCUCUGGUAGUAUUCCUCUUUGUGAUGUUCUUGUUUGUCCGUCAAUGCACAAGUCCUUACUCUCAGUUUCCAAGUUGUGUGAUGACUACCCCUGUGGUGUCUUCUUUGACUCUAAUGUUGUAUAUAUCAUUGAUUUAUACACUCAUAAGGUUGUGACAAGAGGGUCCCGUAGUGAAGGGCUCUAUGUGUUGAGGAAUCCAGAGUUUGUAGCUUUUUAUUCAAAUCGACAAGUUGCUGCGAGUGACAUAGUGUGGCAUCAACGUCUUGGUCAUGCAAAUCUUCAGGUUCUUCAACUUCUCUAA